CCCCGUCCCAAUUCUCCCCGCCAAAGUUUGGCAGCCGCUGCCGGCAGCGCGGCACCUGCCCCCACCGCGCCCCGACCCGGCGGCGGAGGCGAGCGCACCGCGCAAAACUGCGCGGCGCCCCAUCUCUUCGCCCCGCCGCAAGCCAAUAAAGUUGCGGAUUAAGAGGCGGAAGAGGCGAAUUCCCCCGGGGGGGAGGAAAGAUCGGGCAGCCCUGGGGAGCCGCAGCCAAAGCCUGUUGCUUAGACCUGAAAUCUAAGGGAAAAGCUCAGCGUUUGCGUCGCCGCUCCUGCCGCUGCUGGUGGUAGCGGUGAAGAGGAGAGAGGGAUUUUUUUUUUUUUUUUUCCUUUGAAUUCAAUGGAUCUGAACUUGGAGUCUUUGGACCUCGGCGGUUUUGGAAUAUCUACAUGCUGAUUGUCUUUGUUGUGUCGUAUCAGCUCGUUUGGGGAAACCAUCCGGACACCAAGAUGUUUCUCGCUAUCUUGUACUUGGCUUUGCCCUUAGUGGAUGUACUUCUGUCCACAGAAGUGAGCGGGCUGCCUGGCGGGGACCGCCUGGACUGCGUGAAAGCCAGCGAUCAGUGUCUGAAGGAGCAGAGCUGUAGUACUAAAUACAGGACACUGAGGCAGUGUGUAGCCGGCAAAGAGAGCAACUUCAGCCGGGCGACAGGCCUGGAGGCAAAGGACGAGUGCAAAAGCGCCAUGGAAGCUCUCAAGCAGAAGUCUCUGUACAACUGCCGCUGUAAGAGGGGCAUGAAAAAGGAGAAAAACUGCCUGCGCAUUUACUGGAGCAUGUACCAGAGCUUACAGGGAAAUGACUUGCUUGAAGAUUCCCCUUAUGAACCAGUUAACAGCAGACUAUCAGACAUAUUCAGGUUAGCACCAAUUGUAUCAGUGGAGCCAGUACUUUCAAAGGGGAACAAUUGCUUGGAUGCAGCAAAAGCUUGUAACCUAAAUGAUACCUGCAAGAGGUUCAGAUCUGCUUACAUUACCCCCUGCACCAGCAGCACGUCUAAUGAAAUCUGUAACAAGCGGAAGUGUCAUAAGGCCCUCCGGCUAUUUUUUGACAAAGUUCCCCCAAAGCACAGCUACGGGAUGCUCUUCUGCUCCUGUCGAGACGUAGCCUGUACAGAAAGGAGACGGCAGACUAUUGUUCCUGUGUGUUCAUAUGAGGACAGGGAGAAACCAAACUGCCUGAAUUUACAAGAAUCCUGCAAGAAGAAUUACAUCUGCAGAUCUCGCCUUGCAGAUUUCUUCACAAACUGCCAGCCCGAGUCACGGUCUGUUAGUAGCUGUCUGAAGGAGAACUAUGCUGACUGCCUCCUCGCUUACUCGGGGCUUAUUGGCACGGUGAUGACACCAAACUACAUAGACUCGAACAGUCUCAGCGUUGCCCCGUGGUGUGACUGCAGCAACAGCGGUAACGACAUAGACGAAUGCCUGAAAUUUCUGAAUUUCUUCCAGGACAAUAUAUGCCUUAAAAAUGCAAUUCAGGCCUUCGGCAAUGGUACCGAUGUGAAUGUGUGGCAGCCAAUCUUACCAGUACAGACCACAACAGCCACAACUACAACAGCUUCCAGACUUAAAAACACAGGUUCAGAGGCCACCAACAAUGAAAUACCCACCCACAAUGAUUCACCAGCAUGUGCAAACCUGCAGGCACAGAAGAAGCGGAAAUCCAAUGAAUCUGUAGAUACAGAGCUGUGUCUUAAUGAGAAUGCUAUUGGGAAAGACAACACCGCAGGAGUCUCCACCAGUCACAUAUCUUCGGAGAAUUCACUCGCUCUUCCUACAAGCACACCCCUCACGCUGAUGGCACUCGCACUCUCACUCUGUCUGUUCCUAAGCUCAUCAGUCUUCUUGUAGCUGCAUAGAAAAGGACAUGUUAAAAAAAAUAUCUGUUUCCUAUCCUCUGUUCUUUAUCUGGAAUUCCAGGUCUGGGAGCUAAGCUGAGGUAUUCCUGCUAGAACAGUUUCAGUCAGCUGGAAUUUGUUUUUUCUCUCUCUAAAAAAAAGCUUCUUGUGAUAUUUAGAGGCUUUGUGAAAUACUUGGUGCAGUGCUACAUUCCAAACCCAAAAGGCUUUUGGGCAUGCAGUGUUCUAAAGAGACAGUGUGUAAAUUUGCCUGUGAAGCGACCUGGUUGGAUUGUUUUAAUACUAAUUAUUUUAAUUCUGGCUUUUACCUGAGAAGGAGGAUGGCAGUUUUCUUAAGAUCCUGUUUAUCUCAUUGAAUGGUUUUGUUUUUAAAAUUGAUUGAACUUCAGACUAUCAAGGAUGUCUAACAGUGAAUGUUCUCCCAGAGAGUGGACUUUAUGAAACUUCUUCAUUUGAUAAAUUGCUACUGAUGUUAAACUCUUUCAGUGUAUUAGCAUUUUCCUCUUUAAAUGUUUAUGUACUGUAAGUGAUUCUGCAUUCCCUGCUGAGAAGCCAUUAUAAUUCACAUACAGGUAUAAUGUAUGUCUUUCAGUUAAAUUCUCAUAGAGUGUGGCAUAGAACUUUCUAACUGUACAUUUAUCUUUUAAUUAUAAUCAUCUAGCCUUAACAAGGGUGAAGAUUAUUUAAAUUAACAAGAAGCGGCCAUUGUGAAAGCUUGAUAAAGAUACAUUUCUUUAAAUUUGAGGAUAAGCAGUAGGCACAAGUUUUGCUACAGGGUUUCAGCUGUACAGUCUAUGGUCUUCUAUGCUUCCCGUGAUAAUAUAGUCCACUUAUUAUACUGUUUGUUUAAUAAAAAAUGACAUACAAUUUA